CGGAGGCUGCUGAAGAAUCCAAUGCUCAGCAUGAAGGAGAUCAAAGCUUCCUGAUACCCUAAGCAAACAAAAUAAUCAUGUUGACUGAGACAGAGUAGGAAAAUAUUCCUCGAACUGCAAGUCCCAGCGUGCUUUGCGCCCCCAAGGACGGAGGGAGCCCUUUGCGCCUGCCCAGCCGGUUGCUUGCGUCCGGAAAGCUGAGGUCCCUGCCGGCAGCACAGACACCACAGUGAAGGAGACAGCUACUGCUGCAGCUCCCGCUGCUACCGCCGCCGUAGACCCCUGACACCGCCACCACUGAGGAGGAAGAGCCAGAGAAGGAUGUGGGUUUUUGGUUACGGGUCCCUCAUCUGGAAGGUGGACUUCCCCUAUCAGGACAAGCUGGUUGGAUAUAUCACAGGCUACAGCAGGCGCUUCUGGCAAGGCAGCACCGACCACCGCGGAGUUCCUGGCAAGCCUGGAAGAGUUGUGACUCUUGUUGAAGAUCCUGGGGGCUGUGUAUGGGGUGUUGCUUACAGACUGCCAUUAGGAAAAGAAGAAGAAGUAAAAGCGUACCUUGACUUCAGAGAGAAAGGAGGCUACAGGACCACAACAGUCAAUUUUUAUCCAAAAGAUUCUACAACAGAACCAUUCAGUGUGUUGCUAUAUAUUGGAAGAUGUGAUAAUCCUAAUUAUCUUGGUCCUGCACCUCUGGAAGACAUUGCUGAACAAAUUUUUAAUGCAGCUGGUCCGAGUGGAAGAAAUACAGAAUAUCUUUUUGAACUUGCAAAUUCUAUUAGAAGCCUUGUGCCAGAAGAUGCAGAUGAGCAUCUUUUCUCUUUGGAAAAAUUAGUUAAGGAACGUUUAGAAGAAAAACAGAACUUCAGUUGCUUAAAAAGACCUAAUCAUUGAGAGUUUUUGUCUUCAGAGAAUAGCUUCACUGCACAAUGGCAAUAUGAUUUUAAACAUUUUUACUGGAAGAUCUUUGCUGUGUUUAAUGUUGUAGUCGAGAUAUCAUCAAAAUUUAUAGUUUAAUUGCAAGUGGCCUAAAACACAUACAUAUGCCAAAUAUUGGGCUAUAGUUAAAGAAAAAAUUUGUUUCAAUAAUAUAAUGAUUUUGCAACUAUAUGACCCUGAAUACUUGCUCAAAAGAAGUGAGUUCUUUAGAAAAAUACAAUGAAGGACUCAGUUCAGAACUUGUUUUUAUCUGAAUAAAUAUAUUUCUGUUGUUUCAUAUUACAAUAUUAUUUUGAAAUUGUAGAGAAUUAAACCAAAAGUCCAGUAAACAUAAUAAGGUUAUAACUUCAAUGUAUCCCCACACAUUAACUCUGUAACUGUUGUUUAAAAUACAUAAGUGUAAAAUAAGAAGUAACUAGAAAUGUAUGGUAAUAUAGAAAAAAUUUUGGCCUUGAUUGUGAAUUUCCUUGUUUAGGUAUUAAAUAAGACCCUUCCCAAUUUAA